AACAGUAUUCCCGCGAAGAUUGAGACUCCUCUACCGGCGAAUUACAGUUUAUUCCAGUUUACGUCACAACAUGAGUAAGAGGAAGAUGAAAGAUUCUCAUUUGCCAGUGGGAGAAUGCAUAACAAAGCUUCAGGAGAUUUUAAGGGAGCGGCUUUGCCAUCAGCAGCUCCCUGACAGGCUGGAGGGAGUGGAAGCUCAACACAAACACCUUCUGGAGCUGCUGAAGCGAACAGCCGUCCACGGGGAGAGUAACUCUGUGCUAAUCGUGGGUCCCAGAGGAGCAGGAAAAACAAUGCUGCUGAAGUGUGUGCUAAGAGACCUGCUGGAGGAAACAGAAGCAGAGAAAAACCUGCUACAGGUUCAUCUCAAUGGUCUCCUGCAGACAGACGACCGAGUAGCACUAAAAGAAAUAACGCGGCAGCUUCACUUGGAAAAUGUCGUUGGUGACAAAGUGUUUGGAAGUUUUGCAGAGAAUCUGGCUUUCCUGCUGGAGGCCUUGAAGAAAGGCGACCGCAGCAGCAGCCGCCCGGUGCUGUUCGUCCUGGAUGAGUUCGACCUGUUCGCCCACCACAAGAACCAGACUCUGCUCUACAACCUGUUUGAUGUCUCCCAGUCUGCCCAGGCUCCCAUCGCCGUGGUCGGCAUUACCUGCAGGCUGGAUGUUCUGGAGCUGCUGGAGAAGCGGGUGAAGUCUCGGUUUUCCCACCGUCAGAUCCACCUGCUGAGCAGCCCCACGUUUGACCAGUACCUGGAGCGGGUCUGGACCCAGCUCAGCCUGCCAGAAGACUUUCCUGAUGGCAAGUUCGCCAUGGACUGGAACGCCAGCAUCAAGACACUGUGUGAAGACAAACCAGUGGAGGAAGUUCUAGAGAGACACUUCAACUCCAGCAAAGACUUCCGUUCAAUGCACAUGUUACUGAUGCUGUGUCUGAGUCGUGUGUCUGUCACCAAACCUGCCAUCAAACCUGCAGACGUGCUGGAGGCCAGCAGACUGUGUUUCGCCGACGCCAUGGCGAAUAUGCUGCACGGUCUGUCCAUCUUGGAGCUGUGCCUCAUCAUCGCCAUGAAACACCUCAACGACGUCUACGAAGGAGAGCCGUUCAAUCUGCAGAUGGUUCACAACGAGUUUAAGAAGUUCCUGCAGAGGAAGUCACACUCCAUGUACAACUUUGAGCAGCCCGUUAUCAUGAAGGCCUUCGAGCACCUCCAGCAGCUGGAGCUGACCCGGCCCGUCGACAGCUCCUCGGCCAAAACUCAGAGAGAGUACCAGCUGAUGAGACUCAUGCUGGACAACAGUCAGAUCAUGGAGGCCCUGCAGAAGUACCCACAAUGCCCCACGGACGUCAAGCAGUGGGCCAUGUCGGCGUUCGGCUAGGACUCUGCAUGCAUUCGGACUUGUUUGUUCUGUUUUUCAGAGGAAAUCACCAGCAGGGUUAGAAAAAAUAUGAAAUUAUACCUCGAGGUUUGGGUAAAUAAUACAGGACAAAGAAGUUUCUGAUACUGAACUAGAGGUGAAAGAUUUUAUCAAAUGGAAAGGAGCACUGCAGCUUCAACAAAGAACUAAAAUCAGGAGUAUCCGAGACCUAAAUCAGGGAAAAAGAGCUGCCUGUAUGUUAAAUCCUCACUUGUGUUGCAAAUGUUUCAUGUCAGGAUUAUUUUUUCAAGUACGAAGAAUAUCAAGUUUGUUCUAAAGCUGAAUGCUUGUCACUGUAAAUGAUGAAUGAAGAAAUAAAAAUAAAUAUUUGUAUGA